AUGGUGCAAUCCGCGGCCAAGCUGGUGCAGUCGUUGAACUCGGCCCAGCUGAAGAAGCUCGCAAUCGCUUGCGGCGUGGCUUCUUCAGGGACUAAGACUGUCUUGGCCCAGCGUCUUGAGGCGACAGCCCAAGCCCUGGCGCAAAACAAGUCCGUGUCAGCCUCCGAUAAAGGCAUUUUGUCUAUCGACAUGGGCAUUCGGAAUCUGGCAUUUGCAUAUCUUGUAGCGCCUGCUUCCCGCGCCCGCAAUAAGCGCAGCCUUGUUGGGGUAAAUGCGCCCGUCCCCAAUGUUGAUGUGAAGUUAUGGAACCGCAUGGUGCUUGCAGAUCCGCAACUUGGCCAGGAAGCCCAUGUGGAAGAGGCUAGGUGGAGCCCUAGCUAUAUGGCCGACAUGACGCUCGACCUGGUACAGAAUGUGCUGUUGGGACCCGAAAAUCCGCCAGCUUACAUCUUGAUAGAGCGGCAGAGAUUCAGAAGCGGCGGCGGUUCGGCUGUGCAGGAGUGGACUCUCAGAGUUAAUACCUUCGAAGCCAUGCUUUACUCGACCCUGAGAACCCUCAAGUCUUGCGGGAGAUGGAGUGGACAAGUCAUUCCAAUUUCACCACAACGUGUCGGACCGUUCUGGCUUGAAGGUGCUGCCCAUACUGAGCUCUCUAAACCUGUCAGUUCCAAAUCAGAGCUUGGCAAGGUUACCAAGGCGAAACAAAAGAAGGCAAAAAUUGACCUCGUAGGCAAUUGGUUGCAAGAUGGCAAGAUUGUACCUUCAGGUCAAGCCCAGGUCACUGCAACGUCUUAUCUUGAGCGAUGGAAUGGCAAGCGUACCAGGAAAUCUCGAGACGAGACUGAGUCUGUACAGGAGCGUUUGCAGAAGCUUGAUGAUCUCGCCGAUUCCUUAUUACAAGGUUUGGCCUGGAUAAAGUGGCAGGACAACAUUCGAUUGUUGGAUAAAGACGGUCCAGAAGCUCUCCUAGAGGAGGCCGCGCCUUGA